ACGAGGUUGCAAACAUGGGAACUGACAGCGACGCAUUCCUCCACACACAUACACACACACGCACGGCCAGCCCGGACACAUCUGAGCACCGUAUAGUCACCGCUGACGUUUGAAGUAGAGGUAUUUAUGUGUGUUUAUAGUCGCGCACAGUGUGUGACCGUUGGUUCCCCCACACGCUCGUGACUUGUAAAAGCUCGUCAGGGCACUCAGCCCCUGAUUUCUCCGGCUCCUGGCUGUUGAGAUCCAUGGAAGUGGCCGGCAUCUACGAACGGGACUGCUUUGCUUUGCACCCGGGCAACACGUACGACGACGCGUACCGGCACCUGGCCGACGGCUCCAUGACGAAGUUGGGCAUCUCGGAGCACGAGAAGGCGAUCGACAUCAGCAUCUACGUGGACGCCCCUUUCCUCCAGCACUACCAGCAGCACCAGCCGCCCCUGAGCCACGAGCUCCUCUUCCCGGACUACUCGACCGAGGACGCCAAGGCGACGGCAGCCGCGGCGGCGGAGCGCGAGGGCCGCGCUGAGCGCGAGCACGAGCGCGCCGCGCACCGGCUCGACUACGCCGAGCUGAACGAGACGCGGCUGGACGCCGUGCUGGGCGCGGACUUCCUGGGCCGCUGCUGGCGGAGCGGCGACGAGGGGCGCAUGGACGGCGGCGCGUAUCUGCGCGCGGCGGCGGCUUACCAGGCGGCGGGCAGUGCAGUCGGCGGUAGCCUAGGCGACGUGUCCGCCGCGUCGUCCUCAUGCUCGAGCCCGCCGGGCACUCCGGGUCCCGCGCCCCAGACGAGCUCCUCCAAAGGCGGCAAGGCGACGCCCGCUCCCUCCGGCAAGGGCAAGAAGCGGCUGGACAAGGACAGCGACGAGUACCGGCUGCGGCGCGAGCGCAACAACCUGGCCGUGCGCAAGAGCCGCGACAAGGCCAAGAGGCGCAACAUGGAGACGCAGCACAAGGUGCUCGAGCUCGCCGCCGAGAACGACCGGCUGCAGAAGCGCGUGGAACAGCUGUCGCGCGAGCUCGCUACGCUGCGCAACCUGCUGUCCGCCACCGGACAGUGCUGACCCGGGCGUCACAGUGUCCACUUUGCUCUGAACUCUUGAGAACAGCUCGACCGUAGAGGGCAGUUUUCCAAAACGGACUCGUGAUGAACCAUUUGUUUGUUUGUUUUAUUUUUGGUUUUAUUUUUUUCACGAAUAAUAUUAAUAAUAAUGUUUACAAGCGCGAGACAGCAUGCGAAAAUGGACAACGGCGCGCGCACGGGAUUGCGCAACACUCUCCUCGUGCUUGGGGACUCUUUUUUAUGUCACUUUUUGGUGUCCUGUUUGUUGAUGUGUUUUUUGGUCUGUACAGUAUUUUUGUACGGGUGGGAUAAGAAAAAAUCUCUGUUAUUUAAAAUACCCUGUGUUUUUUUCCCCCAUAUCUGGGGCAGUGGCUGUCAAGGGAAGAGUUGUACUGCAGAGGUAUGAUGCAACUCAUUGUAACAGUAUUGGCAAUGCAAUGAAGUAGUCUGCUAAAGAGAAUAAGGGUACAAAUGUUCUAUUGCUAUAUAAUAUUUUAUUGGAUUAAAUGAUUUUUACACCUUUGAA